AAUGAGUAAGAAAGGCGAAGAAGGAAAGGAAAAAGAAAGAGCAUUCCUUGAGAAUGGAAGCAAGGUACUGGCGAAGCUAAUUGUCUCUUGCAAUGGGAAGCCUAUUCCCAUCUGGAGCUUCACAGUUCAACAGCUCCACCAAGCAACCAAUAACUAUCAUAAUCAUCUGGGGACGUAUUGGUUCAAGGGUUCUCUUGAAGGACGACUUGUUCUCGUUAAGCGAUUUCUUGACUCAAAAUUUUUGGCCGAUUUUGUAAUCAAUGAUUUAGUAAUCUCUGCACAGAUGAGUGCUCACGCUAAUGUAUUAAAACUCAUGGGGUGUUGUCUCGAGACUACAUCUCCCAUUUUAGUGUAUGAAUUUGCUGCCAAUGGCCUUCUUGCAGAUCAAAUUUAUUCCUCUCAUGUUAUUGAACGACAACAUCAACUCAUGGCAUGGGAAAGAAAGUUAAAAAUUGCAAGGCAGAUUGCUUAUGCAAUUUCCUAUCUCCAUAUUGGGUUCUCAAGACCUGUCAUCCACAUGGCUAUAGAUAUGGAAAGUAUCUUAUUAGAUGAAAAUGACGUUCCCAAAUUGUCCAACUUUUUGGUUUCCGUUUCAAUUCCUGAGGGUGAAACUGAGGUAGAAGCUACUGGCGACUUCUGGUCUUCGAAGUUCAAAACCCCCGAGAUUGAAGCAACAGGUAAGGCAACGGAGAAAACGGAUGUGUAUCACUUCAGUGAGUUUCUUCUAGAACUUUUAACUGGAGAGGAACUUUAUAUUGACAAAGAUUCUAGCUUAAAAGCAUACAUCCAUAACCAUGCUCAAGGUCGAUGCAUAAGCAAGAUUAUGGAUCCUACAAUUUUGGCAGAGCAGCAAUUACAAGCUGUGCUGGACCUCACCUUGAGAUGUACAGAGGAGGAUCCACAGAGAAGGGCAACUAUGGUAGAUGUCACCAAAGAACUAAGGCGGAUUGAGAGGUUUGUGCCAUAUGAUUAACUGUUUUCUCACAUGGUUCAUCUAAGUUCCUUUCCAACCAUCAUUUGCUAGAUAUGUAGUUAUUACCAUAAAUUAACUAAUGUGAAAUGCUACAAAGAUAGAAACAAAAUUUUAUU